AUGUUGCACAGUAUGCUACAGAUUGCUGCGGUGUUUGCUUUAGCCAUCAGCACCACCAGGGGUCAAGCUCCAUCUCGAUACCUAUUCAUCUUUGGAGACUCGUACACCACAACUGGUUUCGAUGCACGCGCGAAACCUCAGCCAUCUUUGGAUAACCCUUUGGGCAACCCUUCGAGCCCCGAUUUAACUUUGACCGGUGGAGCGAAUUGGGUCGACUUUGUGAUCUACGACUCUUCUAUGCCUGGCAUUGUAGCGUACAACUACGCUGUCGGUGGCAGCUACGUCAAUCACACUGCGGCUCAACCACAAGGGCCUGCCAAUAAAACCGCUGAUCCCGACUUCAUUAGUCAGGAGAAUACUUUUGAAACGACUCUUAGUCCACACGUGGGGUGGACGUCAACCAACAGCAUCUUCAUCAACUAUUUUGGAAUCGUCGAUGUUUCCACGCAGGUCUACAAAGGUCGUAAUGUCUCAUGCGCCGAGUCCAUGCUCUUCCCGGCCGAUAUCGACAGCUACUUCAGACUUCUAGAGAAACAGUACAGUCGCGGAGCACGCAAAUUCAUUACCGUCCUUGUCCCACCGAUCCAUCGAGCCCCGGUCUUCAACUAUGGAGACACCGCUGGCAACGGCCCAUCUGUCGAACAGGUCACCUCGUCAUGGAACUCCGCCAUGAAGAAAGGCAACAGCAAGUUCCAAAACGCACAUCGCGAUGCCAAAGCACAGAUUGUAGACCCUACAGAUACGUUCAAUACGAUACUGAAUGAUCCAACAAAAUAUGGUGCUCCAAACGCAACGUGCUAUAGCGUUAGUGGGAACCCGUGUUUGUGGGUGGAUUUUAUCCAUCCUGGGCAUGAGCUUAAUCAGGCUUUUGGGAAACAAAUGAAAGAUGUGAUCAAGGAGAUGUUGCCACCGGUUUGAGG